AAAAUAAAUAACGGCAUUCCUUUUCCUUAAAAAAAAAAAAAAUUUUUUUCCAAUAACAAACUUUUUAAGAGAUAAAGUUCAGUUGAAAGCUCAAAUAAAUAACGUAUCCCCACUACUUACUGUUUAUAAACUAGAGAAAAAUGACUACUGAAGUUGCUGACGAUACCAAAAAGACCACCUCACGUAAGAGAAAACAAGCUUCCGAAGAAACAACAGUUGAACGUAAGACCAAUCCUAGACGUGCCGCGAAAACUAAAGCUGAAGAAGCUAAAGCAGCAGCAGCAACAAGUGCAUCAACUUCUAAGACUAAAACAACUGGAACUAAAAAAGCUAAGACUGAGAAAGCCGAUACUAGUCUUCCUGCUCUCAAAAAUUUCAUGAAGGCUAAAGAUCUUAAAGUGGUAAUUUCUUAUUCUUCUACCGAAAAAGAAGAGGAACAUGAAGAAUCUUCUUCUAAAAAGGAUGUCGAAGAUGAAAAAGACAAAACGGAUGAAGAAGAAACAACCAAAAACGGUGAUGCAGCUACCGAUAAUCCACCGACUGAAAAUGAACCAUUGUAUACUUUAAUCGCUAAACCUCAAAAGAGUUAUGGUUGGUCAGCAGCUGCCCCAAAAGCAAAAAUUAAGGUAGAGAUCGAUGGUGAAGAAGUCGAAUUACCUGUCUCGAUCAAUUUUAAUAUUAGCGUUAAGAAAUAAGUCUAAAAAAAAAAAAAAA